CCUAGCCGCCGCAUAGCCGCCUCAGCUCUGCCCACCGCCGCCCCCGCUGCCGCCGCCCCCGCCCGCCACGCCGCCCCUGCCCCGGCCGCCCGCCGCCGAGCUUGGGUGGAGGAGCGGUGCGGAGGAGCGGCGCGGGGUGGCCGGGCGCGGCAAGCUUGGGCGGAGGCGGCGGCGCGGGGUGGCCGAGCGCGACGAGCUCGGAGGAGCAGUGGUGCGGCCAGGCACGACGAGCUCCCUCCGCUGUCCGCCCAUGCGGAGGUCGUGGCAGGAGCGGCGCGACGCGGCCGGGCACGGCGAGCUCCCCUCCACCCUCCGCCGCACGGAGGCUGGGGCAAGGGCGGCGCCGAGCCUGCGUGGUGGCCUGGGCAGGGGCGGUGCGACCCAGCCGGCACGGCGAGUUCUCUUCGCCCGCGCGGAGCCUGGGGUAAGGGGUGGCCAAGCAGCGCGCGGCGGGCGGCGCCGAGCUCCGGCGCAAGGGCCGGCGGCGCGUAGCGGGGCGGUCUGCGCGGCUUAGGCCGAGGAGCGAAGCGGGGCAGCCGGGCGUGACGAGCUCGGAGGAGCAGCGGCGCGACCAGGCACGGCGAGCUCCCUCAGCCCGCGCGGAGGCCAGGGCAGGGGCGGUGCGACGCAGCCUGGCACGGCGAGCUCCCCUCUACCCUCCGCGGAGGCCGGGGUAGGGGAGGCGCCGAGCCUGCGUGGCGGCCUGGGCAGGGGCAGUGCCUCUCUACAGAUUCUUCUUCGCAUGGCUGAGAGCAACAGCAGCUGAGCAAGGCCGCAACUUCUCGUCUUCUCUCGUCCAUCUCCCUCAAAUCAACAACAACAGCCUUUAUUGUUGUAUGGCCACUGCGCCACAUCCAGCAGCCUCCAAUACACCGGCACUAGCACGUUCUCCGUGCUCUUCAUUGCGGGCAUCAACGCUUCCAUGAAUGAUGCCCUCAACGUGUUCGAUGAAAUGGGUGCAAGGGUUACCAAUCUUUAUGAUCCAAAAGUAGUACCUACGUCUGUGGUCAUGAGAUCAAGGUCUACCGGUCCAAUCUCCGUUCCGCGUAUGUGUGACGGAAAAACGCUGUCUAAUUGGAACCCCAUUUUUCCUUGUGUUUUCCAGCCAUGCAUGCUAGGUGUUACGUCGUUGUUAGUUGUUGCUCAGUUUACGUGGACCGCAACGUCUUAUUCCACAACUUUAUGUGGUCACCAGCCUUUGAAAAUUCUCCGACGUGCUCUUCAGUCAAUGAAGUUAGAUAGAUCUUUGGAUCGCAGCAGGAAUUUAAGAGCACACACAGCUCAGGCCUUCUAGCACUCUACUAGCAGAUAGCUUUGCUCAUUGCCAGGUACUGCAUACACAGACCACACCACUUACUAUGCAUCCCUCCGCUGCCAAGUUCUUGCUUCUUCUCGUGGCCGCCGCCUCGAGCUUCUUGUUGGUGGCAUCGCAUGGACUGCCGCCGCGGCAGCUCAAGCGGAACGCGAGCUGCUUGCCGCACGAGAGGGACGCGUUGCUGGCCUUCAAGGAAAACAUCACCAGCGACCCUGAAGGCAUCCUCUCGUCGUGGCGACGAGGGCGGAAAGACUGCUGCCGGUGGAUGGGCGUCAUCUGCAGCAGCCAAACCGGCCAUGUCCUCGAGCUUGAUCUAAGCGAUAGAAAUUUGGCAGGCCAGAUAAGUCCUUCCUUACUGUCUCUAGAGCAUCUGGAGCACUUGGAUUUAGGCGGCACAUACUUAUCUGGUCAUGAUGGUCAUUUUCCCGAAUUCCUGUGUUCUUUCAAAAACUUGCGAUAUCUCAACCUCUCGUUGUUGUCGUUUGCGAGCAGACUGCCUGCUCAACUUGGCAACCUUUCCACAUUAGAAUACCUUGACCUCACCGACGCAUACUCUUUGCCGAGUGAGGUGCCGCCUCAGCUCGGUAACCUCUCAAACCUGCGACAUCUUGAUCUCGCUCAUAAUUAUUUGUACACAACUGAUAUCUCAUGGUUAGUUCGUCUUCAUCAGCUUGAGUAUCUUGAGAUGGCAGGCAUAAAUCUAAGUACAAUAGAUAAUUGGCUUCAUGCGGUAAACAUGAUUCCAUCUCUGAAGUCUCUCUCCCUUUCGAACUGCUCCCUUCCCAGAGCAAACCAAUGGCUCACUCACAUAAACCUCACAAAACUUGAGAUGCUUGAUUUAUCCAUGAACUACUUUGGGCAUCCAAUUGCAUCCAGUUGGUUUUGGAACAUAACAAGCAUUCAACACCUCGGGCUAAGUUCAACCUAUCUUUACGGUCCUUUCCCUGAUGCACUAGGACGAAUGACGUCCCUUUAUUACCUGGGAUUUACGAAAAAUGGAAACUCAGCCACGAUGGCAGUGGACUUGAAAAAUCUAUGUGAAUUACGUACUCUGGAGCUCGAUGGGAGCCUAUCAUCUGGGAACAUAACUGAGUUCAUAGAGAAGUUGCCACAAUGUUCUACUAGCAAAUUAGGCUGGCUAAGUUUGAAAGAUAAUAAUAUGACAGGAAUAAUGCCACAGGUAAUGGGGCACUUAACCAGCUUAACUGCUCUUAGCCUAUCUAACAACAGCAUUAGUGGAUCUAUAUCACCGGGGCUACAGAAUUUCACUAGUUUGGAGGAAUUAUAUCUCAGUUCCAACUACCUUAGUGGCCAGAUACCAUUGCUGCCAAGAGGCCUCAAAAUGUUGGAUGUCUCCGUGAACUUCUUGUCUGGGCAUUUGCACUUCGGAGCUCCAAAUAUUGAAGUACUAAUUCUAUCCUCUAAUAAAAUUACUGGUCCUAUUCCUGAAAAGUUUUGUGAGUUGCAAUAUCUACAUGUCUUGGAUUUGUCAAACAAUUAUUUCGCGGGAGAACUUCCUGUAUGUUCUUCGAUGCCAUACCUACACUGCUUGCUCCUAAGUUACAACAAAUUUUCUGGAAAGUUCCCAUCCUUGAUCCAACGCCUCUCCAAUCUAACUUUGCUUGAUCUUUCAUGGAACAAUUUCUAUGGGACAUUACCAAUAUGGAUCGGACAUCUGGCAGAGCUGCGAUUCCUAGAUCUGAGCCACAACAUGUUACAUGGGAGUAUUCCAGCGAAUAUCACACAUCUUAGACGACUUCAACUCUUAAAUUUAUCAUUCAACAAUAUAUCAGGAUCAAUUCCUCAGUCAUUAUCAAAGCUAAUGGCAAUGACAAUAAUAUAUCAGGAUCAACCUGAUUGGUACGUAGGUUGGGUAAAUAAUGAGUUCCUAGAUAUUUUGUCUGCAGUGACGAAGCAUCUACAACACAAGUAUGCCGCACAAAGUAUUUUUUAUAUUGUUGACAUCGACUUGUCUGUCAAUCAUUUAAUUGGAGGAAUUCCAGAUGAAAUAGCUUCUCUUGAUGGAUUGAAAUACUUAAAUUUGUCAAGGAAUUGCUUGAGAGGAAACAUUCCAAAGAAUAUUGGCGCUAUGGAAUUAGUGGAAUCAGUUGACUUCUCAUGGAACAGUCUUUCUGGUGAAAUCCCUGCAAGCUUGUCAAACUUGACAUUUUUAAGUGUCUUGGACUUGUCAUAUAACAAUCUAUCAGGAAGAAUACCGUCUGGGCGUCAGCUUGAGACCGUCUACGACAACAACCCAACUAUGUAUGAUGGGAAUAAUAAUCUCUGCGGACCCCCUCUUCAGAGAAACUGCUCAUCAGGAAAUAGUGAUCCUAAGCAUGGUAAUGAAAAGGCAAGCGGAGAGAAUUCAGAAUCAUUGUUCUUUUACUUGGGACUUGUAUCAGGGUUCGCAGUUGGCCUCUUGGGGGUGCUGUGUUCUGUACUCUUCAAGAAGCCAUGAAGAAUUGCUUUUAUCCAGUAGCAGAUUUAUUGUUGUGUAAUCAUACAUCAUCAUUUUAAUUUGAGGCCGGCACUCUGUUGGGGUUGGAUAUAUUAAUAACAUGUGGGAUUGCAUGUGGUCA